UACUACGUUUUUCUGACCUGUUUCACAGCGCUGCACUGGCAACACGUGUGUAGCUUUUUUCGCACUUGCAACGUAGCACGCUGCAAACUAACUAAAACGGCAAGUAACUUCUGCGUUAUCUCUCAGAAACAUGACCAAGGUAAAGAAGGAAAAAGGCAUCAAGGAGGAGGAGGCUGGAGUGACCGAGACUGUAGUUACAGAGAAGUCGUAUCAAGAGUUGAUUGCAAACAUCAACCCAAUCGCUAAUCCACUGGCCACUAAGAAGCUAAGCAAGAAGCUCUACAAAUGUGUCAAAAAAGCAUCUAAACUCAAACAAAUUCGCCGCGGAGUGAAAGAAGUUCAGAAGUUCAUUAACAAAGGAGAAACUGGGAUUGUGGUGUUGGCUGGAGAUACUCUUCCAAUCGAUGUUUACUGCCAUCUACCAGUCAUGUGUGAGGACAGGAGUCUGCCAUAUGCCUAUAUUCCCUCCAAAGUGGACCUUGGUUCGUCUGCAGGCUCAAAGCGGCCCACCUGCGUCAUCAUGAUCAAAUCUCAUGAGGACUAUAAGGAGGCGUAUGAUGAGUGUUUCGAAGAGGUCUCUGCCCUUCCCAAACCCCUCUGAACCUGUUCUCUGGCUAGCAGACUCAAAUUCUCUGAGAAUGUCUGGCUGUGGGCAGAAUCUAUUGGGGGGGUGAAAUGAACUGACUGUAACACCAGAGCCAAGCUACAGGGUGGUGUGGUAUUUCAGUCUCAGUAUACAUCGAUACCCCAGCAGUUAUCCCCAGCCCCCCCCCCAAUGUUCUGUUUGUUUUGGUUAUUAAAUGUAAACGGGGCCUGUGAAGGUUGACACAGCAUUCUUUGCAUUUUACAUUUUAGUCAUUUAGCAGACGCUCUUAUCCAGAGCGACUUACAGUAGUGAAUGCAUACAUUUCAUACAUUUUUUCCCCCAUACUGGUCCCCCGUGGGAAUCGAACCCACAACCCUGGCGUCGCAAACACCAUGCUCUACCAACUGAGCCACACGAGACCACAUUUUAAAUUGGUGCUGACUUGAAACAGGACAUGAUAACUUUAAUUUCCUCGUUUGGUGGCAUCCAUGCUUUGUCUACAGCCAGAUAUGAAUAUGCCUACCAAGUGCAUUCAGUUUUUGUAUUGUAUUAUGUGCUUUCAUAACGUGUGUUAUUUCAAUGUCACACCUGCUAUCGGUUGCACUGCUAUAAAACAUACAUUUUGGUAUGAAAAAUAAAUCUGCACACUGAUUUUAUGAGUUGAUAAGCCUUGUUGUGUUUGAAUGGUCAGGACUCGGGUUAGAUAACAGAUCAUGUGCUUAUCUUUAGUGUUUUGUUGGCGUAAACAGCCAGUUCUAAUUGAGUGACCAUAGGGGACUACAUGAUUCCUGCGCAGUUAAACAAAUCAUUUUUUGCAGUCUCAUUCUGAUGGGUUUGAUCAUUGCAGUUGUAAACGAAUGUAUCACUUAUGGGGCGGCAGGUAGCCUAGUGGUUGGACUAGUAACCGAAAAGUUACAAGAUCAAAUUCCUGAGCUGACGAGGUAAAAAUCUGUCGUUCUGCCCCUGAACAAGGCAGUUAACCCACUGUUCCUAGGGUGUCAUCAAAAAAUAAGAAUUUGUUCUUAACUGACUUGCCUGGUUAAAUAAAGGUCAAAUUAAAAAUAUCGUAACUCGUACUUUUACAUUUGGUCAGUAAAUCCCUCCCCGGAUUCAUCAUUUUGUCUUAGUUCUAGCUUGUCAUGUUUUUAUUUUGUCACAGGCAUCUGGCAUAUUGACAUUUCCCUUUGCAUAGGUUCUUCAUACUCUGUUUGAGGAAGGUGUGUUGCCAGGUGAUACGAUACUGUCUUGAUGCAAUAAAUGCACCUGUUUUUUUG